AUGAGGAGCAAGUUCAAGGACGAGCCCGUUCGAGAAGAGGCGAGCAGAGGCCGAGCGCAUCCGCCAGAAAUACGCCGACCGCAUCCCCGUACGUCGCAUCUCCCCCCAACCCCACCUUCACCGCUACAUACAACCCUCAAGAAGCUGGCCCCUAACACUCACGAACAACAGGUCAUCUGCGAGAAAGUCGAGAAAUCCGACAUCGCCACCAUCGACAAGAAGAAGUACCUCGUCCCCGCCGACCUGACCGUCGGCCAGUUCGUCUACGUCAUCCGCAAGCGCAUCAAGCUCUCCCCGGAGAAGGCCAUCUUCAUCUUCGUCGACGAGGUCCUGCCGCCGACCGCCGCGCUGAUGAGCAGUAUCUACGAGGAGCAUAAGGAUGAGGAUGGGUUUUUGUACAUCACCUACUCCGGCGAGAACACCUUCGGCGAGGCGAUCUAA